CAGUUUUAAUGCAACAACCUGAGAAUACAGUAGGAUUCUUUGUAUCUAAUACAAGAUUUUCAACUAGAUCUAAGAAUCUUACAAAUAAUUCAAAAGUAAAAAUAGUAUUAUGUGAUGAUAAUAAUUUAAUAGAUAAGAUCAAAGAAGUGCAGAGAUUACAUUCAGAUUCAGAUUCUAAUAUU